AUGGCACAGAACGUUUCUGUGGAAGAUGUUGUCCGGGCUAUGAUAAGCCAUAUUGACAUCAAGCCCAAGACAUCAACCAAUACGGAGUUGGAGGAAGUUGUGAUAACGCAGCCGCGAGUCACACCCCGAGGACUCCCGCCGCCAGGCUAUCCACCAAUGUCGACGCCUAUGCCGGGUCAUCAUUUUAGUUUUAAUCCUCAGGUUUCUGGAUUUCACCCGUCGAUGUUUGCAGCGCAAAGUCCAUCAUUACCCAAGAUUCCGAGUUUUUCCGGAGAUAUCCCAACCCCUAAAGGUGAGGUACAAUAUAUGGUAUGGCAGUACGAGGUACAAUGCUUGAUACGGGUCGGUGAUCUGUCAGAAGUCAACAUUUUAACGGUAAUUCGUGCGUCCCAACGGGGUAGGGCUCGGGAGAUAAUAGCACCAUUAGGCGAACGCGCUAGUUUGUCCGUUGUAAUGGAUAAGUUAGAUGCUGUGUUUUCUAAUGCGUCGUCUAAGGAGGAUCUCUUACAACAGUUUUUUAACUCAACGCAGCAACCCGGUGAGUCCAUUACUACAUUUGCCUGUAGGCUAGAGAUUCAUUUGCAGAUUAUCAUGGACAAGGGUGACAUCCCGUAUGCUGCCAGGAACGACAUUCUCAGGCAUAAGGUCUAG